CGCUAACACUUUUACUCAGUUCAAAACUAUAAGCGUAUGCCCGGCCACCCCCCGUUUUUUUUUUUCUAUAUGCUUUAAAAUGCUUCACAAUCUGGUCAGUGUGGAUUUUGAUUGAUUCCCAUAUGACUCGUUCCCUUGAAGCAAUAGAAAGUGUGUUGCUUUCCAGGAAAUCUCAGCCUCAGCUUAUUUUUUGCUCGUGCUGUGGAUGAGCUUGAUGUAGACAUUGUUAGAAUAUAGAGGAUUUACAUUUGUUCUUUCAGAUGGCGGUUUCAUCUUUCCCUUGUAUUCAACCUGUAAGACCUCCUUUCAGACCCUGCAGCUUGUUUUCUGCUGGAGUUUGUGGCAGAUUCAGCAACAAGAAGAAGAUAAAUGCUAUUGUCUUUGCUUCUUCGAGGAAAUUAGAUAAAGAUAUCUACCUUCAAUCUAAGGUUGAUACGUUGUUGGACAGUAUAAAAUGGGAUGACAAAGGUUUAGCAGUGGCUAUAGCUCAAAAUGUUGAUACCGGAGCCAUAUUAAUGCAAGGGUUUGUCAACAGGGAUGCUCUAGCUACAACCAUCUCUUCUAGGAAGGCAACAUUCUUCAGUCGGUCACGAGCAGCAUUGUGGACAAAGGGAGAAACGUCCAAAAAUUUCAUCGACGUUCAUGACAUCUUUGUUGAUUGUGAUCGUGAUUCUAUAAUUUACCUUGGGAAGCCUGAUGGCCCUACAUGCCACACAGGUUCGGAGACUUGCUAUUUCACAUCAAUAAGUGAUCUGUUGGAGGAGCAAGAAGUUGAAGAAAACAACUUGGCGCUGACAACUUUAUACUCGUUAGAGUCUACAAUUUCCCAACGAGAAUCAGAGUUAGCAGGACAACAUGGAAAGCCCUCAUGGACUAAACGGCUGUUACUUGACGAAAAUUUGUUGUGCUCAAAGAUACGGGAAGAGGCAGAUGAGUUGUGCCGAACUCUAGAGGAGAAAGAGGACAAUUCACGAACUGCCUCAGAAAUGGCAGAUGUGAUAUACCAUGCCAUGGUUUUGCUAAGGCGUAAAGGUGUAAAGAUAGAAAAUGUUCUAGAAGUUCUCCGGAAAAGAUUUUCUCAGUCGGGUAUAGAGGAGAAGCAAAGCCGUGUAACAACACAAAACUGAGAUAUAAGCUGUGCUGUAGAUUGGAUUCUUUUAUCCCUGGCUUGAUUUUGAUCCAAUUGUCUACUGAGGACAGAUUUGAAUAUUGUAUCAACAUAAGAGAAAACCUUUUAUGUACCAAAAAACACAGUUUAAGAUCCAACGUUGUCAUUGUGUGAAAUACUGAUUCGUGUAGGAGCCAUGACUUUUGUCUUUUCUCCAUAGCAUUUUUUCUCUGCAAACUUACGGGUGUUGUUUGUACCGGUAGUGGGAUCAAAUACCCAGUUUCCUGAAUUAUUUGAUAUUAUGAUUUGUGUAAAUAGUAAUGGCACAGGGUCGAUUUUCUGUCAUGGUUUUAUCUUAUAAAAUGCAUUUCAAAGGUUCA